AUGAAUAAAAAAUUAUACAGCUUGUUUGUUUUUGUAUACUUAAUAAUAGUCUAUUGUGCUACUGUUCAGGGAACCAAGAACGCCAAUGGGAAUAAUGAUAGACAUGCACCAAGUUUUAUCAAAAAGGUAUACCAAAAUGGCCAGAAUAAAGACAAUAAUAAACAAGUAGAAAGAACUGCUGAGGAUGGUAUAGGUGAUAUAAUAAUCGAUAUCCUUAAAAAAGAGUAUGUUGAUAAAAAUAUUAUUCAGCUUAUAGAUGCCGUUGAUAAAAAAGAUAGUAAACUAAAAAAGACCAAUGACAGAAAAAAUUUAUAUAAGGUAUUGGCCAUGAGUUUAAGUGCAUUACUUGCUUUCAGAUUUAUAUAUGAUAUUAAACAACAAUAUAUGAACAGCGUCGCAAAUCCGAAUUCUAUGAUUAACAAAUUUAAAAAUAAAUUAACUACUAAACAAACAAAGUUAUAA